GUGCUGGUUUUGGCCUGGGCAUUGUCUUUUCAGUCAUCUUCUUCAAAAGGAAGACGUGGCCCAUCGCGUUCGGCUCCGGGACGGGCCUGGGCAUGGCUUACUCCAACUGCCAGCAUGACUUCCAGGCCCCGCACCUCCUCCACGGGAGAUUUGUCAAGGAGCAAUGACAGAGGGGAAGGAAGCCAGACUCGGGGCCUCUCCUUCCCGAAAAGGUCCAAGCGCCCUGCUGACCGUGGCCUUGGGAAGCGCCCACCCGUUCUCGGGAACCGAUUUGCGAUUUGUAUCCAAAGCCGGGGGAAAGUGCUGUUCUGGGAAAUAAAAAGAUGUGAUGCACACGCACAA